GUCCUUACACUCUGUACGUAGCCGCUAAGGCCGGGGCUGUCAAUCAAGAGGCGCACCGAGCUACUGCAGGUGCAUAACUGGGCAUUGACUGGACUAGUCGCUGCUGGGAAGUUGAGGAUUAAACACACCUUUCACGAUGGCGUCUGCAAAUGCCACAUACGGACAGAAGGAGACUUCAGACCAGAACUUUGAUUACAUGUUUAAAAUCCUCAUCAUUGGCAACAGCAGCGUAGGAAAGACUUCCUUCCUUUUCCGCUAUGCAGACGACUCAUUCACGCCGGCCUUUGUCAGCACAGUGGGCAUCGACUUCAAGGUGAAGACCAUCUACAGGAACGACAAGAGGAUAAAGCUGCAGAUAUGGGACACUGCUGGCCAGGAGCGCUACAGGACGAUCACCACAGCUUACUACAGGGGAGCCAUGGGCUUCAUCCUCAUGUAUGACAUCACCAACGAGGAGUCCUUCAACGCCGUUCAAGACUGGUCGACCCAGAUCAAGACGUACUCCUGGGACAACGCCCAGGUGCUGCUGGUGGGGAACAAGUGUGAUAUGGAGGACGAGCGGGUGGUGGCGGCAGAGCGGGGCCGACAGCUGUCGGAACAGCUGGGUUUCGAGUACUUUGAAGUGAGCGCGAAAGACAACAUUAACGUGAAGCAGACCUUCGAGCGGCUGGUGGACAUCAUCUGCGAGAGGAUGUCCGAGAGUCUGGACAACAACGACCCGUCCGUCACCGGCAACAAGCAGGGCCCGCAGCUCGGGGAGCAGCCGCAGAGGUCCACUCAGGACUGUGCAUGCUAAACAAAAACACACACUCUCAAACACACACACACACACUGUCUGCUUUCCUAAAGCCCACAGACAUUUUUGGGUUUGUCUCUUACUUUUUCUUUCUCAUACACACAUAUAUUACACACAAACACUGCCAUAAACAACACAAACAACAAGGUAGAUUCUCCACCCCUCUUACUACUCAGAGCAUUUCCCCCCAAAGAUUUGGCGUUGUCACUAAUCUCUUUUUUAUUCUUUGUUAGUAAUACAGGGGUUAUGUGAUAGUGCUAAUUUAGUCCCAGGGGUGAAGAAAAUGUAACGGAGGUACAAUCUCAAGUUUUCUUCUUGUUUUGUUGGCACACGUUUACACAAGCAUACACCAGACUGUCUCUUAACAGAAAUGUAAAAGGCCAGUGAAAGCUGAGACUCCAUCAUUCCUUUAAAGACAUGUCUACAAUUGGGUUUCAAUAUAAAAUGCUGAUUAUCCUCAAAUCCCAACGCCCUCAAACCUACUUGGGUAUAAAUCUGCUGAAUUCGUUUUACUCUUAGUCCCAUUGGAUAUAUUUGUUUGUUGCUGUGGAUAGAUUAUUUUUUACAUUUCUGAGUUGGUUGGGUGUGUUUUUGAGCAUGUGAAGUCACUGGUCCUCCCCAGUGUUGUGAUUGAGUAUUUUCAGGUUAUUAUAGUCCAAACAGGUCUUACUUUUUUUAUUUUAGGAAUGAACGUGAGAAUAGCAAGACAUUCAUAUCAGUUUGCUUGUGAAGUUGUUUCUAUAAUUCAUUUUUCGGCCCCUUUCCCAGAUCCCAAACAUUUUUUAAAUUCUUUUUUAGCAAAACUGGAUGUCAGUUGUUUCGUUGGUGUCGGCGUCCGGAGCUGCAAAGCAUUGAUUUUAGAUGGUCUUUUUUUGUUUUUAACUUUUUUAUGUACUAUUUUUUUUAAGACAUACAACAUAAUUAAAAGGUAAAGGAUGUCUCUCAAAAUGUAAAAGAGUGUAUAAAUGUUUUAAAGUCAAUAGUUGUGCAUUUUGAAAUGCAUUCAUAAUAUAUAUAAAUGUAUAAAAAACAAAUGAUACAGUAAUAAUGUUUGAGGAUAUUGGAUUCCUACCUGUGCUUUAGUGGGAAAUUCAUGUUGUUGAUGUUUUUUAACCGACUGGUUGACCGGAUGGUUCUUUGAGCUGCUGUCUGAAUUUCAAAGCUGCCGUCCUACAGUUUGAACAGUUGGUUAGCUAAUGGAGGCUAAAGCUUUCACAUGUUAAGCCCACGCCCCCUUCUCAUGUAUUAACUUUCAUCCACUGCAUUCAAUGUGCUCACUAGAAAGGCAUGUGAUCCAGUGCGGACCUCCACAUCAACGCAGAUUGUCUCUUGUGUUACGGUGGAUCAUAUUUGUAUCUUGUCGUUAUGGGGAACAUGAUGUUUUACGCAUGGUAAAUGUCAGAUUGUGAGCUUUAUUUCCCUUUAAGGUUAGGGAUGUGUCUGCUUGUGUAUACAGUACAGAAACAGUAAGGCAUGCAAAAACACCUGUAAGUUAUUUCAAAAUAAAACAUAUUUAUUUUGUAUUAUUUAUAACUUUAAAUUUGCUUUAAAGAUAAUCUUCUUCCUAGAUGAUGCAGUGCGAUCUGCACUCUGCUUUUUAAAGUGAUGUUCAACAGUAUUCACUUGCUUAAACUGAGCUUUGAAGGGAAAAUGUAUUUGUGUUUACAGUGAAUAUUAAGCUUAAGAUGAUUCCUCAAGGGGAAGUUUAAAACAUUCCAGUGAGAAACUUUUAUCAUGUCCGCACAGCUUUGUAGGGAAGUUUGUUUUUCUUUUGAUAUCAGUUAUGUUAUUUUUAAGACUUGGAAGUGUAAAAGGGGGCUGUUCUUCUCACAGAUCAUUAGCAGUUAUUUCUCUCUACACAUACAAAUAAACAACGUGAACCCUGCUGAAGGGUUUUGUAAUGCACUUACUGUACGUCGGUUGUGCGAAUGUACUGUUUUAUGAAGGAGGUCUUAUUAACUGUUAUUUCCAAAGAGAUCUCGGACAAGGCAUAUUGGAGCCCAAACAAAGCGCUGUGUUAGACAAUGUGCAGUAGCUUCAACAGGGGGAAAAUGUUUGUAGCUACAACUGAAUACUCUGAACACUUCGUUAAAACAGUGAUUCUUACUGCAUUGUUCACUUUUGAAUUGUUUGUUGAUUUUUUUUGUUACUUUAUUAUUGUGUUUUGCUACAGCUGUAAACUUUCUGGUGACUUAGAAAAAAGACAUGGAUCAUGUUCAACUCUCUCUUCAUCCUCCCUCUCUACCAUCUUGUUAAAUAGAAAUGUUCUUUUCCGUCGGGUAUAGUUGUGUGAAUUUGUGCUGUAAUUCUGUAAUGCCAGAUUUGCCUAAAAUGAGGAAAUCAAAUAAACCAAUUCUAAAAGCUGGA